AUGGAAAUCGCAGAAAUGCUCGAGCAUAGAAGGAUUGACAUCUGCUGCCUUCAGGAAACCCGAUGGAAAUCGAAUGGUGUCCGUCAUGUCAACUCAGACAAAGAAAAAUAUAAACUAUUCUGGAAUGGUCAAACGACGGCCAAAAAUGGUGUUGGAAUUUUUGUCAGAGAACCGCUAGCCCAAGAAGUACUGGAUAUUAAAAGGAUUAAUUCACGUCUCAUGUGGAUCAAGCUUCGCAUAGAAAAGCAAACAAUGAUUAUUUUUUUUGCAUACGCACCACAGACAGGCGAACCAGAAGAGAUGAAAAAUGACUUCUGGACUGCAUUCUCUGACACCAUCUCAACAAUACCAAAAUCUGAAACAAUCCUGAUUGGAGGCGAUUUCAAUGGCCACGUUGGAGAGAAAACAGAUGGUUUUGACAUGGCGGUUUUGGCUAUGGAAAACGGAAUGAAGAUGGCAACCGCAUCCUUGAGUUUGCUGAAAGUCACGGGUUUUGUUUACUAA